GGUGUCUCCUCCGCUCCUCCGCUCUCCAUUGGCCGAUGCUCGCUCCCUAGAAAGGAAAAGAGAGAUUUCCUCCCUCUCUCCCUCUCUCUCUCUUCUAGGGUUUUGAUUGAUGGGCUCUGAUCCAUCUCAAAUCGGUGGAAUUCGAGCUUGAUUCUGACAUUUCACUACCAAUUCCUUGCAUACCUAGCCUCUAAUUUGUAGUAAUUCAUCUCAGGCAUGGAUGAGACGGCGAAGGCUGAGAGCCAUCUGACAUCUGCUGCUGCAUUUGUUGAAGGGGGCAUACAGGAUGCCUGUGAUGAUGCUUGCAGCAUCUGCCUUGAAGCCUUCUGCGAUAGUGACCCAUCAACGGUGACUACCUGCAAGCAUGAGUUUCAUCUUCAGUGCAUCCUUGAAUGGUGCCAAAGAAGCUCCCAAUGCCCCAUGUGUUGGCAAUCCAUCAGCCUGAAGGAUCCCACCAGCCAAGAACUGCUGGAGGCGGUGGAAAGGGAAAGGAGCUUUAGGGUUAAUCAAUCACGAAACACCACAAUAUUUCAUCAUCCUACCCUCGGGGAUUUUGAAUUACAACAUUUACCAGUAGGUGCGAAUGAUUCUGAACUCGAAGAGCGUAUAAUCCAGCACUUGGCUGCUGCAGCAGCUAUGGGCAGAGCACAUCACAUAGCUAGAAGAGAAGGGCAGAGGAGCAGGUCGGCUGCUCAGGGUCGUCCACAGUUUUUGGUCUUCUCUGCGCAUCCCAAUGCACCUCCUGUUGGUCCUAUUUCUGCCAUGACUGGUCAAAGAGAAGGGGAAAAUGAACGUGCUCCUUCGGUUCCUCUUCCUGAAGUUGGAGAGGAAACCUCACAGCGAGUUUCACAGUUACCUCCUGUUCUAGUUGAACAGGUUCCUGCCUCAGCUUCUGGAACUCCUGUGGUUGUGGCCAGUAGGCCUGGGGUUUCUAAUAACCGGAAUCCUGUUGUUCAACCUUCCCCUGUAAGCCAUGAUAGAGCAGGACCAUCGGAACUCCAAUCCUUUUCCGAAUCGAUAAAAUCUCGGUGGAAUGCUGUCUCAAUGAGAUACAAGGAAUCGAUAUCCAAGAGUACAAGAGGAUGGAAAGAGAGGUUAUUUGCACGCAACACUUCUGUUGGGGAUCUUGGUUCUGAAGUCAGGAGAGAGGUCAAUGCUGGAAUUGCUAGUGUGUCACGCAUGAUGGAGCGCCUUGACACCAGAGACAAUAGUAGAGAGAGUGAUGCUUCUGCAUCUCAUAGCACGGAAGGUACUUCAGUUACAGAGCCACAUAACCAGAGGAUUGCUGAGAAUCAUGGCAACGAUAUUCCAAGUGGCAGCAAUACGUCAGCUUCUUGUGCUGCAAGUCCAAGCCAAAACUAAGUUUUUACGACAUUUCAUGAGUUGCAUGUAUCCUCGACAUUCAUCUUCUGAGGUGGUGAACCAAGUUUCUUUGUAGAUGCGUAGUGCUGAGGAGACCAUGCAAUGAGAUGCUUCUGGGCAAAGGAGAGGAGGGAGAGAGCCUUUGAUUUUUAGAGUCUGAGUCCAAGAAAGGGGAGCAGUAAAAAAAGGGGGGGAAGAGCAUUUAGACUUCUACAAUGCUUCUAUACCUGUAUAUUUGUUUAUAUAAAUAUUUCGCUUCCCUGGGAAGGUAACUGAUUUCUCAGAGCUUCUAAAAAUAAGAUCCAAACUUGAAUUUAUUAUCAAAUGAGCUGAUUGGAUGCA